AACAGCUAGCGAGGGAGGUAAGAGAAGUGUUUGUGGAGUCUCGACAUGGCAAACAAUGUGUUCGGUGACCCCAUCGACACCGAAUUCGAAACCCUCGGCAAUGCGAACAAUGUGUUCGGCGACCCCAUCACCGACGAAACCCUGGAGGGAGUCACGGAGUACGCGAAGAAGCUACGCAAACUCAGAGUCGCCAUGGCUCUCGACACACAGAUGAAAGGUAAUAAGUAUGAGAGUGCUCUCAAAUACGUGCGUGAGAUGAAGGAGCGAUGGGGGACCGGCGUCUCCACACUCUGCCUUGUUUACAAUGCUACUGGGGAGCCACUCACGCUGCACUCCACUCACGACUGGUGGGGUCACAUUUACGACCAGAGCCCAUACCCGAUGCGGAUUGGUAAUGGCCAGUGGGGUGCGUACCUCCACGUCAAACGAUCUGGUACACCUGAUGGCUCCAAUGCAGCUGUUGUGUAUCGCGGCAAGAACGAUGGUGGAGACGACACUGACUCGCUGCUCUUCUGGGACAACCCCUGGAAUAAGGCAUCUUACAGCAACCAGGCCUAUGCUGAGAUCAAUCAAGCUGGCUACUACGAUAACAUCGAUUGGGGAGUCAUCGCUGGUAAAGGCUCCAACGCCGGCCCCCAGUAUCGCGCGGCUUGGAAAGGAUGUGUGUCAACCGUCGUGAUCGAAAGUGGCACCACUGCCAAAUUCGAAGCCACACUUACGUUCGAAUAGAGAUUAUGCGUAAAACUUAACUAGUAUGUGGGCAGUCGGUUUGUGUGUGAGACGUGGAAUAA